AUGGGAAAAAUAGUCAAACGUUCAUGGAAUAUGGGAAAAACGCAAAUAUGGCAAAAACGCAAAUAUGGCAAAAACGCAAAUAUAGCAAAAACGCAAAUAUGGCAAAAACGCAAAUAUGGCAAAAACGCAAAUAUAGCAAAAACGCAAAAUGGCAAAAACGCAAAUAAGGCAAAAACGCAAAUAUGGCAAAAACGGAAUUAUGGCCAAAACGCAAUUAUGGCAAAAACGCAAAUACGGCAAAAAUGCAAAGACGGCAAAAACGCAAAUACGGCAAAAACGCAAAUACGGCAGAAACGCAAAUACGGCAGAAACGCAAAUACGGCAGAAACGCAACUACGGCAGAAACGCAAAUAUGGAAAAAACGAAAAAGGCAAAAACGCAAAAAAGGCAAAAACGCAAAAAGGCACAAACGCAAAAAAGGCACAAACGCAAAAAAGGCAAAAACGCAAAAAGGCACAAACGCAAAAAACACAAAAACGCAAAAAACGCAAAGAUGCAAAAAGGGAAAGACGCAAAAGGCAAAAACGCAAAAAAGGCAAAAUCGCAAAAAAGGCAAAAACGCAAAAAAGGCAAAAACGCAAAAAUGGCAAAAACGCAAAAAAGGCAAAAACGCAAAAAUGGGAAAAACGCAAAAAUGGCAAAAACGCAAAAAUUGGCAAAGACGCAAAAAUGGCAAAAACGCAAAGAUGGCGAUAA